AAUGACAGUGUGAACAACAGCGCAAAAAAAUUGGAUUUCCGCAAAAAAUCCGAUCUGAGCAUUAAGACCCGCAGUGUGAACAUAGUCUAAGCUGCAAAGUCUGAGCUGAUGGCAUCACCUGUUAAAGUGAAAAGCUUACUUCAACAUCUCUGCUCUCUCACCUCUACCAACUCAACUCACCAACUUCACCAAAAUGGCCUUUGCUGGAAGAUGGGAAACUGAGACCCAAGAAGGAUACGAUGAGUUCUGCAAGCUGCUUGGCAUUCCAGACGACAUCAUAGAGAAGGGUCGUGACUACAAGCUGAUCACAGAGGUCACACAGGAUGGAGAAGACUACACCUGGACACAGAUCUACCCCGCAAAUGCCAGGGUCACUAACAAAUUCACCAUUGGCAAAGAGUGUGACAUGGAGACCAUUGGAGGAAAGAAAUUCAAGGGCACAGUGUACAUGAAGGAAGGCAAGCUGAGUGUGACCUUCCCCAAGUACGACCACACCUCUGAGAUCACUGGAGGCAAGCUCAUCGAGACCUCCAAAAUUGGUUCUGUGGUGCUGAAGAGAACCAGCAGGAAGAUCUAACUGUUGACAGAUGCUUGACUUUGUUAACAGUUACAGAGACUCCAGAACA